AUGAGUGGUAACGGAACAAAUGGCGAUGCCGAAAUUCAAGUCCCAGAAUCUAAAAAAUCAGAAUUUAGCGGUUUUUUAAAAACCCUUUCCACUUUUACUGGUGACAUUUAUAGUCUAACGUGUCCUAGUUUUCUUUUAUCUGGCACCUCAACACUUGAAUACGGACAAUAUUGGGCAGACUAUCCGGAAUAUUUUGCCGCUAUCUCUGAACCAACCAAAGAAGUCGAAAGAGCUGUUGCCGUGUUAAAAUGGUUCAUAAGCACUUUAUAUGGUUCAUUUGCAUCAAGAAAAGAUAAAGAUAAAAUCGAAAAAAAGCCGUUCAAUCCUAUUCUCGGUGAACAAUUCUUGGCAAGAUGGGAAGAUAGAUAUGGAUGUGGUGAGACCAUAUUAUUUUCCGAACAAGUGAGUCAUCAUCCACCGAUCUCAGCGGUUUAUCUUGAAAAUAAAAAGGCGGGAGUUUCCGCUAAUGGACAUACCGGGCAGAAAAGUCAGUUCAGGGCAACUGCAGCUCGAAUUGAUGUCACACAAGUUGGCCAUGUAAUAGUUCAUAUGCGAGAUCAUCCAGAAAAAUAUUUGAUCACUUUGCCAUCUUUACAAAUUCUUGGAUUAUGGAAGGGAGCUCCUUAUGUAGAAUUGAGUGGGUAUAGCGUGAUUCAAUCCAAUAAUUUUAAUAUAGUCAUUGAAUUUAGCGGAAAGGGAUGGCUUUCAGGAGAAAAACAUACUUUUAAUGGAGUGGUACGAAAGAAUGGUUCAAAGGAACCUCUUUAUACCGCUUCUGGUAAUUGGUCAGGGAAAUCUACUUUAGAAAAUCAUUUAACUCAAGAAAAGACAAUUUUCUUAGAUAUAGAAGGUACUAAAAGGGCAAAUCCUAUUAUUGCAUCAGAAGAUGAUCAAAAUCCUUUGGAAAGUAGAAAAUUAUGGAAAAAUAUUGCACAAUCUAUUAACGAGGGGGAUUUUGCUAUGGCUUCCAAAUUAAAGAGUGAGAUUGAGCAGCGUCAACGAGAAAAAGUUAAACGUGGAGAUAACACUCCUCUUCAAUUCUUUAACUGGAUAGAUACUGAUCAAGUAUUUUUAAGUCUUAAUGAAUUAAUUAAUAGUAAAUAUCAAGUAGAAGAUAAAUAUAAGGAGAGAGGUAGCUGGGUAUAUAAUAAGUUGUUAUUUGAAAAUCAUAAUAAUUAG